AUGCUAUUCUUCUCAUUUUUCAAGACUCUGGUGGACCAGGAGGUCACCGUCGAGCUGAAGAAUGACAUUGAACUCAAGGGUACUCUGAAGUCCGUCGACCAGUUUCUCAACCUCAAGCUCGACAACAUCUCCUGCAAUAACGAGGCCAAAUACCCGCACCUCUCCAGCGUCCGCAACAUCUUCAUCAGGGGCUCCACGGUGCGCUACGUAUAUCUGAAGAAGGGCAUGGUGGACACGAACCUGCUGCAAGACGCUGCCCGCAGAGAGGCCAUGAGCGAAAGGAAGUAG